AUGGAACAACUUCUGGCUGAUAAGAUCAAGGCCGUCAUUACCAGUUCUAUUCCCCGAGUUAACCUAUCAUGUAUUGGAGGCGAAAACGGAAAGAUUCGUCACCUGACUUCUAGCCAUAUUAAGUCGGCCUCGAUGUUAUUCAAGGGUCAUCCAGUCCGCUCUCUCAUCGCUGAGGCUUCGGCCGGUCCCUUCAUUCUCAUGGACAAUUUCAAGUUCGCCAGAGAGCUUCGUGAGAACGCCAAUUAUGCUGGUGAUCUGCUUGACGAAUUGAAGGAUUUGAUCAAAGGGCAGGUCAAGGACAAGAGAGUCAUCACUCCCUACACCCUUCAUUAUUGGAAGAGUUCUUGA